AUGUCUACUUCUGGCUCAUACCACAUCCCGUUCCCCCAGAACUUUCUCUCCCUCAACACGCCCAUCAAGCGUUCUAGCGAUGUCUCUUCCAGCACCCUCGGCAACGGUGACCUUUCCAGCACUGCCGUCGCUCAACUGCCCGAGCAGCCUGCUCACGGGUUUCUUUCCAACCGAAGCGACAGCAUGCCUCGACACCACUCUGUCUCCUCGGUCGGCAGCAGUACCGCGACAGAAUCUGUUGGUGGCUCGCCACCUUCUCUACCCGCAAAGGAUGCCCGCUCACCAAGCGUUAGCGAGGCGCUUUUCACUCCUCUGGCGCUUAACACCAAGCAUACGCCGCUCCCUCCGAGCAGCUACCGGGAGGUGGGCGAGAGGGGCGUGAAGAGCUGGUUCUUGACCAACAGGCACUAG